CUAAAUCUACAAAACAGAGUCAUUUUACUUUCUGAAAAAAAAAUAAAUAUAUAUAUAUAUAUAUACACAUUUGUUGCCUGCCACCAUGGGAAGUGAAGGUGAUUGCAAGACUAAUCAAAGGAAACCCAGAUUUCUUUGCCUUCAUGGAUUUCGAACGAGUGGAGCAAUUUUGAAGAAGCAAAUAUUUGAUAAAUGGCCAACUCAAGUGGUGGAUAAAUUGGAUCUAGUUUUUGUUGAUGCGCCUUUUCCAUCUCAAGGCAAAUCUGAAGUUGAAGGCAUCUUUGACCCUCCCUAUUACGAGUGGUUCCAAUUCAAUAAGGAAUUUACAGAGUAUGAGAAUUUUGAUAAAUGUCUUGAAUACAUUGAAGAAUGUAUGAUUAAGCAUGGGCCUUUCGAUGGUCUUCUUGGUUUCUCUCAGGGGGCAAUUCUUUCCGGAGGAUUGUCCGGGUUGCAGGCUAAGGAAGUGGGAUUUACAAAGGUUCCAAAAAUAAAAAAUCUGAUAAUAAUUGGAGGUGCUAAAUUUCAGAAUAAAUCUGUGGCCGAAAAGGCUUAUUCAUCAGCAAUUACAUGCCCUUCCCUUCAUUUUUUAGGUGAGAAAGAUUACCUAAAGAAGUAUGGGAUAGAACUGUUGGAAUCAUGUGUUGAUCCAGUGGUGAUUCAUCAUCCUAGGGGCCACACUAUACCAAGAUUUGAUGAGAAAGGAUUAGAGAGUAUGCUUAGUUUCAUUGAGAAGGUGCAAGCAGAGAUUAACAAGUGAACAAGUUUGAUAAUUUUUUUAAUUUUUUUUGUGGUAGUCCCUCGUUUGGGACAUAUAAUUUCUACUUUUUUUUUUAAUAAAUAAAAUAGUACCGAACUUAUUAGAAAGGUUACAGAAGUAUGGCCAUGCUAUUGUAUUUACGGCAGUUUGCCAUUCUAUUAUAUUUAAAUAGGCUUAAAUCA